AUGGCCAGCAGCGAUCACAGUACUAAUUGUGUUAAUACCUCAGAUGAAGAGGACUUUUCCUCCAAUGAGGAAUCUAGCUCAGAUAGCAUGGAGACAACAAAAUCUGCACCAGGAAAGCUGAGACCAGAUGAACUUCAAAUCCUCCAAGAUGGUCUAAAUGAUUGGAAGGAAGCUGACACAAACAAAAGGGCCUCACUGAUGAAGGGCAUGUGGAACAAAAUCAAAUGGCUGGAUGCCAACAAGAGCCUCAAACAAAAUGAAUGGAAUAGAAAAUGGACAGCCAUCAAGAACUGGAUGUAUAACAACAGUCAGUCCCAUGCAUGGAAGGCCCUGGUCAAGUAUGGCUCUAAAUGGAUGGCCCUAAAGGUGAUCAAGCUGCAGUGUAAGAAGGAUAUCCAGCAAGUACUUGUGAAGGCCAGAAUACAUCCCAGGACAUCAGCUAUGAUCAAACACUAUCAGCCAGCUGUUCAGAAGGCAGCCCAUUUGGCAAAAGGGUGGAAUGAGAGAAAGCUGCCACCCAAAGCCCAGGCAGAGGUGGCAACAAGUAAGGGCCAGAAGUAUGCAAAACAGUUUGUGUAUGACAUGUGGAAGCAGUGUGGGAUGAGAGUGGUGAUCAUGUUGGCAUGGAAGGAUAAGGAAGGCAAAGUGAUGGUUGGAGUGAAUGACUUCAAUGAUGAGCUGGGCAAUGGAGAGCUCUAUUCAGAUUGGGAAGACCUUCAUGGAAAGUGGUCAGCCUAUGCAAAGAAGGCCUUUGGGGCCAAUGGUGCAGAGGAUGGCAGUAGAGAGGAUGAGGCCAGUCAAACCACAGUAAAAGUGCAGAAAGGAAAAAAGUGGUCUCAAUUCUCCCUGUCCACCAAUGACAAUGGCAUGCCCAUUCUUCCAAAUCUCUUGGACUUAUGGACACCAGAAUUAAAGGACAUCAUGAGGGUGCUUGGCUUGUGGGAAGACAAAUGCAGUGUGCCUUGGGCUGCAAUAGCUGACAACUGGGCAUCCUAUGUGUCUUCCAAGUAUCUUCCUCCCAAUAUCCCAUUCAAAGAGCCCACCAGGCUGACACAUCAUGAACUAAUCAAAACCUUGGAGUUCUGGAAGGAGCAACAGCAGGAGCACCCAGAAGAUGUCUUCCAGUUCUGA